AUGCUGUCUUCUUUUCGACGAGUAUUUCGUUCCAAGUCAAAUCAGACUCACGAUCUUCAUAAGAAGCCGGCUUCAGAACCACCACCCAAACCCCCCACUCGAUCUGAAACACCGAAGUACUACUCUGGUAUUCAAACUUUACAUAGCUCUGAAUACGAUGAGAUUGAUCUCGUUUUUGUUCAUGGCCUUAAAGGGGACUGUUUAAAGACAUGGAAAGACCAGACAACAGAUGAGCCAUGGCCCAAAACCAUGCUCCCAUUAGAAAUAGGAACUGCUCGAGUCCUCACUUACUCUUAUGAUGCAACUGUCGUCGGCAAAGAAGAUGUCCCUUCCCAAAAUCGAAUCUCAAACCACGCGGCUAAUCUUGUGACGGCUCUUGCAUCACUUCGACAAAGCGACAAUACAAAUCAACGACCUAUCAUCUUCGUCUGCCAUAGCCUCGGUGGACUUGUUUGUCAAGAUGCGCUCGUGACAGCAAGACAGCGAUCUGAACAACAUCUCCAAGACAUUGUCAAUUUUACACGCGGCGUCAUCUUUCUUGGAACGCCUCAUCACGGAUCCAGCCUCGCCAAAUUUGGUGAAUUAGUCUCCCGUUCCGUGGGGUUGCUGAAAGAGACCAACAGCGACAUCGUCCAGGUCCUUACACGAGACUCGGAAGUCUUGGCACGCAUUCAAGACAGUUUCCAGGCUCUUCUCAUGACACGCAGUAAAGAUGAGUCCAGUAUGAUAGAGGUCACUUGCUUUUACGAAGAACUGCCUACCAAGAGAUACGGCAUGAUCGUCCCAAAGCACUCGGCUAUACUUCCCGGCUACAUCUCAAUAGGCAUACACAAGAACCAUGCCGAGAUGACCAAGUUUGCCCAUUCAGAUGAGCCUGGCUUUAAGGCUAUUUGCGGGGAGCUGAAGCGUUGGAUGAAUAAGAUACAGGAGGCCAAAAGCAAGCCCCAGAAAAACGCUCAUGUCGCCCAUUGCCUCGUUCCAUACACUUAUAAUCCAGACUUUGUGGGAAGGUCUGAGGUACUCGAACUAUUAAGAGAUCAGCUCGGUCAUACCACGCCCCAAUCACAGAAUAAAGGACAUUUGAGAGCUGCACUUCACGGUCUGGGUGGGAUUGGAAAAACUCAGAUCGCAUUGGCUUAUUCAUUUUGGCUACAAGAGGCUUAUAAGGAUGUAUCAGUCUUUUGGGUUCAUGCUAGCAGCACAGAACGCUUCUCAGAAGCAUACGGCAACAUCGCUAGGGAUUGCAAGAUCCCACGGCACGAAGACCCGAGUUUUGAUGCCUUGUCAGAAGUAAAGGACUGGCUAGAGAGCAAGGAAAGUGGACAGUGGCUAAUGAUCAUCGAUAAUGCCGAUGAUAUGCGACUUUUCUUUCCUCAAACCGACAACUUUUCCAAGUCCGCGUCCAAUAACGAAGAUAGCUUAGGCCAGUUCAUACCGGAAUGUUCUCACGGCACUAUUCUCAUCACAACGAGGAAUAUGCAGGUGGGCUCGAGGCUUAUGAAGGGAAAGCGUCCUAUCGAGGUGGGCAAGAUGGACGGGGACGAGUCAAUUCAGCUUUUACGGCAAGGACUACAAGGCGAUGAAUCCACGGAGGACUUGCUUCAACUCUCGUCUCGCUUGGAAUUCCUCCCCCUCGCACUGGUACAAGCAGCUGCUUUUAUCCAAGAAAACUCCAUCACUGUCAACGACUACCUUGAACUCUUGAACGGGAGUGACAAGGAUCUCAUCGACCUGCUGAGCGAGGAUUUCGAGACGGUUGGCAGAGACUCAGAUACCCCACGCGCCGUUGCCCAAACCUGGAUGCUUUCCUUCCAACAGAUCGAGCGAGAAUACCCCUUCGCUGGUGAUCUCCUUUCUCUGAUGAGUCUAUUCGAUCGGCAAGCUAUUCCUCUAGAAUUCCUCGAGUUCUACAGCGAAGAGAAAAAGCCCGCAGAGUCAAACGUCAGGAUGCAGCUUGUCAAAGCGCUGGGGGUCCUCAAGGCCUUCUGCUUCAUUCGGGCUGACAAGGGUGGUGAUCACAACAUGCAUCGUCUUGUACAGUUGGUGACUCGAACUUGGUUGGUGCAGAAAGGUACCAUGCCUUCAUUUGCAAGAAACGCGUUGCUUGCAGUAUCAGACUUUUAUCCUUACGGUCGCUUUGAGAAGCUCGAUAUAUGUACAGCGUACCUUGCCCAUGCAUUCUCUGUUUUGGAUUUACAGUCAGUUGAGUCUGAUGAAGACAAGCUCCUCAGGGCGUCUAUGCUUCAUCGAGUUGGGGGCCUUUUCCUCUUCCAAGGCCGAUAUGCUGAUGCAGAAAAGCUACAACGAGAGGGGACCAAGAUUCGAAUAGAAUUGUUAGGAGAGGAAGAUACUGAAACAUUCGUUUCGAUGCUUGAUCUUUCAAAUUGUCUACAAUAUCAGGCUCAAUACGACGAGGCAGAGAAAGUAGCUCUAGCCAUUCUGGAAACCUGCAAACAACGUCGUGGAGAAGAACACCCCCAGACUCUUGACGCGAUGUCUGCCUUGGCGUCUAAAUAUUACGACCAAGAUAGAGACGAGGAGGCAAAAAGGCUAUGGACAUAUGUUCUUGAGACUAGGAAACGUGUAUUGGGAGAAGAUCACGAAGAUACAUUAACCGCGAUGAACGACCUGGCCUGUUGUCUCGAGGGGGAGGAGGAAGAGGAAAUUUUGAAGCACGUUAUAGAGGCAGAGACGAAGGCAAAAGGUGCGGACCAUCCUGGCACUCUCAUGGCCAGAAGCAACCUAGCGGUAGCACUCUACAAGCGCGGGGAAGUAUGGGCAGCAGAGGAGCUAGAAAUUGAAUUACUAGAAACCAGGAAAAGGGUCCUUGGGGAUGAACAUCCCGAUACAAUCGACAGUAUGAUGCACCUCGGAGAAAGUUGGACCACCUUGGGUACACACACGGCAGAUAUAAGGCACUUGUAUCCCGACGUAGACUUGUUUGGCGACGCCAAGAGGCUGUUUGAAGAAUGUGUUCGGCUUCAAACAAAGUUACUUGGGCCAGAUCACCCCGAAACACUGCUGGCACUCUCACGGUUGAAGGAAUGUCAAGAAGCAAUGGAGUUGGCUAAUCGUGAUGAGGUUGAGAGAAAGGUAGUGGAAUCGAAUGGUCAGGCAGAGCUUUGA